AUGGCACAUGGUAGCAACAACGGAGGAAACAAUCAGACCACGAGCGGUGACCGUGGACUAGAUGCCCUUUGGGCAGCUUUUCAAACACAAGGAGAGAAUGUUAACCGCGAGUUUCAAGAAAUUCGCAACAUCCUCACCAACUUAUGCUUAAGACUCGAUGGAAAUGGUGAAGCCCCCGCGGCCGCACCCCAAAGAAGGCACCAACCUCCGGGUGGAAGAGCACAGGGAGUCUUACCGUUGGGAAACCCACCUUUUGGCGAUACAAAUAGCAGUGACUCUGAAGAUGAACUCCAAAAUCAAGGUGCCCAAGUUCACAGACAAAACCAUUAUCAGCCAAAGGCUGAUUUACCAUGUUUUAAUGGAAAUUUGAACGUAGAAGCCUUCCUUGAUUGGUGUUACGAGGUUGAAAAAUACUUUGACAUGUUGGAUAUUCCUGAGGACCGCCAAGCUAAAUAUGUUGCCCAUAAAUUACGUGGAGGAGCCGCUGCUUGGUGGGAGGUCACUCAAAAUAACAGGAGGAGGCAAGGGAAAAUGGCGAUCAACACAUGGAGAAAAAUGAGGAAGCUUAUGUCAGGAAGAUUUUUACCUCCUGAUUAUCAACAACAAUUAUUUCAAAGAUAUAUCAACGGGCUGAGGUUUAAUAUUCGUGAGAAAAUGACAUUAACACCUAUCUGGUCUGUUGAUGAAGCAUUUAACAUGGCAAUACGAGCAGAGGAUAUUUUCAUGCAAUCUAACCAACGAAGGCAGUAUUCCAACUCUGUUCCCCGAGGACCUUCAGUACCACCCAUGCGAGGUAACACCUCCAACCGACCUAUUCCUAUCUCACCCCACCCGACAACAUCCAAUGAUGUAGUUUCAUUGAGGAAUCCUCCACAAAAACAAAAUAAUGAGCAACCCACACGGAGUGCAGCACCGAAUCCUUAUGCCAAGCCCAUGACGGGUAAGUGUUUUAAAUGUGGGGAGCCAGGGCACCGUUCAAAUGAAUGUAGGGCACGACGAUCGGUUAACUUGGUUGCCGAGAAUACUGAUGACCUUACUGAAGGUGAAGAUUGUAAUGAGAACAUUGAAAUUGCUGAAGAGGAUGGUGAGCAUGUAAGUUUUUUCAUCAAGAGGAUCUUAUACACAACUGAAGAAAAAGGGCCAGUCCAACGCAGUAAUAUUUUUCGGGCAUAUUGUAGUAUCUUGGGGAAGGUGUGCAAACUCAUCGUCGACAAUGGGAGUUGUGAUAACAUUGUCUCUCGGUCUCUUGUGCAACACCUCAAUCUCCGCACCGAGCCACACCCAAGGUCGUAUAAGUUAGGUUGGAUCAAAGAGGGCCCAUCGGUCUCAGUUACAGAAAUUUGCCACGUCCCUAUCUCAAUUGGGAAGAGCUACGAAGAUACAAUUGCGUGUGAAGUUAUAGACAUGGAUGUCUGCCAUAUUCUUCUUGGUAGGCCUUGUCAAUUUGAUGUUGAUGCAACUCAUCGCGGACGACAGAACGCUUAUGAAUUUCUUUGGAAUAAUAAAAAGAUAGUUAUUCCACCUGCUACAUGGGACGAAGCCAAAGAUAAAAGAACGUGUGCCAUCACAUUAUCAAACAGAUGGAAGGAAUUUUUGAAUGAAGCCCGGAAAAGCAAAAUUAUUCUGGUAUUGGUUGCCAAAGAACAGAUUUUUGAAACUAAUGUCAUACCUUGUGAGCUCCAUUCCUUGUUAAAAGAAUUUUCUGAUGUUGUGCCUGAGGACCUCCCUGACGGCUUACCACCUCUACGGGAUGUCCAACACCAAAUAGAUUUGGUCCCAGGUUCAAGUUUGCCUAACCUUCCACACUACCGCAUGAGCCCUACUGAAAAUGAAGCUUUGAAUAAGAUGAUUGAUGAGUUGUUAAAUAAGGGGUUUAUUCAAGAAAGCAAGAGUCCAUAUUGUUUACGAAAGAGUGGAUUUCAUUGGGGUGAAGCUGCUGAGAAAAGUUUUGUAGAACAAAAAAAUAAGCUCACUACAUCACCUGUUCUCGCCAUACCGGAUUUUUCUAAACUUUUUGAAGUGGAAUGUGAUGCCAGUGGCAAAGGUAUUGGAGCUGUAUUAUCUCAAAAUCGGAGGCCAAUUGCUUUCUAUAGUGAACGUUUGAGUACGGCACGAGAACGGUGGUCUACAUAUGAGCAAGAACUUUAUGCAGUGGUUCGGGCCUUGCGUACAUGGGCUCAUUAUUUGCUGCAUCGUGACUUCCCAAUUUAUUCAGACCACGAGGCCUUGAAAUAUUUUCGCAGCCAGAAACACUUGAACAAAAUGCAUGCCCGGUGGGCAUCGUAUCUUGAGCAAUUUUCAUUCCACAUUCAGCACAAAUCAGGUACAGCCAAUCGCGUUGCGGAUGCCCUCAGUAGAAAAAAGAGCUUAUUAAUCACAUUACAGGGUGAGAUUAUUGGGUUUGACAUCCUAAAGAACCUGUAUGAAGAAGAUGACGAUUUUAGUGACAUAUGGAGACAAGCUUUGCUUCAUGACUGCUCACAAAAUUUUCAUAUUUCAGAUGGGUAUCUUUUCAAGGGUAACCGAUUGUGCAUACCACGAACAUCAUUAAGAGAACAACUCAUUCGGGAUUUGCAUGCUAGCGGACUUGGUGGUCAUGUUGGGAGAGACAAAACUAUUGCUGCUGUGGAGGAGCGAUUUUAUUGGCCUCAAUUGAAAAGAGAUGUUGGUUUAUUUGUGAAACGUUGCUUUGUCUGCCAAGCAUCAAAAGGUCAUUCGCAGAACACUGGAUUGUACAUGCCAUUACCUAUCCCUGAAGAUAUCUGGGAGGACUUGUCCAUGGAUUUCGUCCUUGGGUUGCCACGAACAUAG